UCUAGGUCUCUUGGAACUUAUGAAGGAAGUAUAGAAGAUAAAACUACUGCCUCUGGUUGUCAUGCAAUUGGAUUUGAUGCUAGUUUAAAUUAACUGUAGAUUAUCGGCCCCAACACCAUCACGCUAUAAAAAUUCUUAGUUGGAAAAUGAUUUGUGAUGCCAGGCUAUUGAAUAUUUUAUGAAACUUCUUCACGAUCUUGCAAUUGAUGUCAUAUGUUCCUCCCCAUUGAAGCCAUCUUUAGGAACUGUUCUGCACUAUGUCGUUGAAUUCCAAAAAUAUUUGCCUGAUUUAGUAGCAAGAGCUCAUCUUCAGCAUCUGCUGGAUGAAAAUGGGAAACUCUAUGGCCAGGAUCCUGUCUUUGGUGUUAUUACCAGAGCUGCAGCUAUACCUGAUUCUAUAAGGAACCAUGAUAUGCAGAAACAUGAAUCAAUUGUUCACCUGGGACAGUACGUUGGUAAUCAACUUGCUAAAAGUUUUAUGUACAAAUAGUGGCAAAGGUGUAAGCUUGGAAAGAUUUUACAAGAGUGGCGUGUUGUUUACAU